CUUCAUGCUUCAGAUGGCCGAAGUAUACAUUGAUUCUAAUAAGUGAUGUUCAAAAGAGGAAGUAAAUAAAGAUAUCAUUGGUAGGUAAUUCCCUUGUCACAACUUUCGUUUUAAUUUCCGUGAAGUACGGAUAGAUGCUGUGAUGAAUUUUAUUGUAUUUUUAGAAAUAUAAAUAAGAUAGGGGCCUAUGUAACAUUCCAGAAAUGGAGUUCGAGAUUCAUUGUGCACAAGCACGUGCGACCAUGUGUUGCACAACUUAACAGAUUUAUCAAAGAUUGUGUCUGUUAUGAUCAGAAAACCACCCUAAGAUAACAGACGAGCAAUAGGCCUAUUAUUAUUAGUGUAGGCAUGCGUCCAUGUUGGGGGGGUUAGUGACCGAGGAGUAACAAAUCGAGCCCAUGUUGCCAGAGACGCACGCCGUAUAGAUCUAGGAUUGUAUUUACAAAGAAAUAAAGCUGUAAUACUUGCAAGAUUUAAUGAUAACACAAGGAUCACUAUUUUAUGCAUUAUUGAUUAAACCUAAGGCCUAGAUAGCAAACUUAAUUAUCUGAUUUAUAUUCAUGUUCAUAAUGUUAUAACAUAAAAUAUAUUAGUAUACCAUGAUUUCAAUUUACGAAAUAAUGGUAUUUGAAAUUGACACCAAAAGAAAACUUUUAUAGUUGUAUUCUUUGAUGAAUAUGUUGUGAUAGUCAUACAUAGGCCUAUAUGUGCAUAGAAAAUAGCAUCUGGAAUUCAGUACUAGUAGAAUUUGACUUGGCAACAAUUUAACAAAUUUUGAUCUGGUCUGUUAGGAAUUUCCAAUUCAGGGUGGGGCAAUAUCCACCAGGAUCUCUUGAACGUUAUUCCAGCGAUAGUUUGUGCUGGAGCUAUUUUUAGGUUUGGGGAUUUUCGCUAUUGAUAAAAAAAUUUCAGUGGCAUGCUAUAUCCUGAUACUAAUUGUGUGUGAAAUGUUGGGGUUUCUCGUGUGAUUUUUAAAUAAGAACAGUAAGUAUUCAAUCUUGUAACAUUUUAUUUUGAAAUUAGAUAAAACACACUUUACUGGUGUGUCAAUUAUGGUCAUUUAGUAUACAUUAGUAUGGAUGUGCUGAAGGUUCGUGUAUGGCAAAAAUGUGAUCUAUUCAAUAUUAUUGAUAUGCCAUUAUGAGUAUGAGAGAAGCUGAACUGUAUGUACAAUGUUGUUGUGGUGCUAUGUACACAUCAUGCUCUGCUUCGGUAUUUUACUGUACAUUUUCUUUGGGAGACAGUUGCCAUGGUUAAGGCCCGGUAAUAUGACAGGUGUUAUCAACAGUUUCUCUUAAACACAGUUUCCUUGGGAAGAUUUUCGUUGAUUUUAUAAAUGAUACUUGGAUUAGUCAGAGCUAGCUAGACCCCUUUUGAUAUUCAGAUUUAUUAGCUUUGUUGCUAUGGAGUAAUAUGGGACUUAGAAUUUUUCAGAAAGAUAAUAACACUCUCUAUGACUUGAGAAGAUUUUCAUAGAAUUCGAAGGUAAUGCUUUGAUUAGUGUACAUAGUAAUUAGGGCUAUACGGACCGUGGAUAUCGGCCUGGAUAGCUCAGUGGUAAGAGCACCUGACUAGUAAUGCAGGGGUCCCUGGUUCGAUUCCCGGUCCAGCCAAAGAUUUUCUCCUCUCUCCUAUAUAUACUACAUUUGGUGCCGUGACCACCCAUGGACUUGCAGGUGAAGGUCCUGUCAGGGUGAAAAGAAUCUGGGUUGUGUGUCUUUGAGGGCGAAGACUAUUUAAGGAGGGAGGAAUGUAGUAAUUAGAGCUAUACGGACUGUGGAUAUCAGCCUGGAUAGCUCAGUGGUUAGAGCACCCGACUAGUAAUGCAGGGGUCCCAAGUUCGAUUCCAGGUCCAGCCAAAGAUUUUCUCCUCUCUCCUAUACUACAAAUAGUAAGAGGAAGAACCCUUACAAUUUUCAGAUUUAUCAGCUUUGUUGUUAUGGAGUUAUGGGACUUUUUUUAUAUUAAUAUAAUAGAUUUUUUUAUGACAUGGAAUAACUCUAGAUUACGUCAAUUGAGAAGAUUUUCAUAAUUUUUGUAUCAUAUUCUGAUUAGGCAGAGGAAGACCUGUUUUAAUUUUCAAAUGUCUGUCAUCACUUCCUGUGACACUCGAUAACUUGGUAGAUUCCGUGGGAAGAUUUUCAUUUCGUCGUCUCUCAGGCACCAUUGCGGGGCCCAUGCUGACUUAUUAUUAGGCAAAAUUUUUUAAUAAUAAUUGUGUUUUUUAUUACAUCUUUAAAUAUCCAAAAAAAAAUAAUUUUCAUUUAGUAAAUAUUUGCCUUGCAUCACUGGGAACAAAACUUAUACAUGAUUUAUACAUUUGUCAGUACUGAUAUGUAGCUAAGCAUCAAGUCUUCAAUAUUGGACGAAAAACAAUAAUAAACCAAAAAAUAAAAUUUUUACAACUGAUUUUAUCAUACUUGAUACAUGAUUCUGGCUUCAGAAAGCAUGGGUGAUACCAUUUUGAAAAUUUUUGAUAAUUUAAAUAUUGAGCCUGAACUUUUUAGGUGUUUGUUUAUUGUUGGAGAAAUGAAGUUUAAAAUUAAGGACUUGAAUUUAUCCGAAAAUUUAGGGUCAUGAGAAAAUUUUAGGGUUGGUAGGGUAACAGGAAACACACCUUUUUAUUUUUUGGUCUUGUUAUGUUACAAUGUUAACCCAUCAAAGACUUCCUGUAUAAUUAGCUGACCAAAUUCAAGAAUAGUUAGAAGGCAAUAUCGGUAUAUGAUAUAAGACAUUAGUGACUGGAUGAAAUCAACCAAAAACAGAGAAGGUAGUUCAUGCAGAAUUGAUGUGAACAUUAGUAUUUGGUUGGAAGAAUAAAUGGUACAAGAUGAUAAUAUUAAGAUUUUCUUAUGCACAUUACAUGUAAUUAUAGUCGUUUCUGAGUAACAAAUAAUGAACACAAUGACAAUGUUUGUCGUACUAGUAUAUGUGUAAUUAGCCUUGUGUGUUUGUCGUACUAGUAUAUAUGUGUAAUUAGCCUUGUGUGUUUGUCGUACUAGUAUAUAUGUGUAAUUAGCCUUGUGUGUUUGUCGUACUAGUAUAUAUGUGUAAUUAGCAUUGUGUGUUUGAAUAGCUAGUAAGUAUUUUAUGGCCUCCAACACAUCAAAUCAUGAGUCAAUCUACACAUGUUUGUAUAAUGGAGAAAGUAACUGUACAAUCUUGUAUUUAGAAUAUCAAGUAUGGUUUCAACAGUUGUAAAAUAAAAUUGAUAAUAGUUAAAAAUCUGCAAUAAGGUUUUGAAAUUUUCAUUUUCACCUGGGGGGGGGGGAUGGAGUUAAAAAACUUUUUUCUACAAAUUCCGGUUCCCAAAACUCCUCUUACAUUUUACGCAGUGACCAAAUCAUCUUUUAGAAGGUAAUUGGUGGUGUCCCUUAGAACAUUUUCAGAAAUUUCUUUUUCACCUUUAGGAGCAAUUGGAGUGGAAAAAAAAACAUUGCACAAAAACCUUUUGCUAAAUGCAUUGUGUCAUGCGCAACAAGGAUAUAUGUGCUUUAAAGGUUGGAAUCUCAUCCAUUUGGGAUGACCUCAGAGCACUUGCCCAUCAGAAUGCUGAAUGCACCUUGAUAUGUGCAGCAGGAAUAUAUUAUAUGGUUUAAGGGAUAAGACUUCAACUGUUAAGUGAGGUUUUGAAGACAAUGACUAAUUGUUUACACACGUGGUGUAACAUAACACACUAUCUAAUAAGAUGCAGGGAACUUGGCCUGCAACCAAUCAUAUGCAGGAAAUUAUUGACAUGAAAAUCCAGGGCUUGAAGCUAACUUUUUAUGUCACCAGUCUAGCUGGACUGAUGGGGUAUAAUUUCAACCAGUCUGCAGAAAAAUUUACCAGUCCAACAGAGUUUUCCAGAAAUAAUUAAACAUAUUUAAUUUCGUUAAUGUUAACAAAAUGAAAUUUAGCUCAAUAUGUCUCAGACAAUAUUGUAACACUGAAAUGUGGGAUUUAUAUUUACGAAUCAGAUUCGUCUGAUAUCUACAGAUCGAAGCAUGCCAAAUGUGUGUUUAAGAUUUCAUAAGUAUAUGCUUUAGAAAAUUAACCAGUCCCACCGGACUGACUAAAACAAAUGUCAGUCAGUCUGCCAGACUUUUAACCAGUCACAGACUGACGGACAUAUGUUAAUUUCGAGCCCUGAAAUCGUGCUAAAUCAGCCAAGGGUUGUAGAGAAGCAGAGCGGAUUGUAAACCCUCAAAGCUCCAGAUAAUUUUUUACCACAAAGAGUAUUUACCCCCUGAUUUGCAAAUCAAUGAGUAUUUUGCUUUUCAGAAAAAGUCAAAAGAGUAUAUUGUUAAUUUACUGAUUAUCUUUGCUGUUUGCCACUAAUACAUGUAAAGUGUAUUUACAAUCGCGAAUGCGUUAUUGUACGCUUGAUUUUAAACUUUAAUGUGUAUUUGGUAAAAUUUAAUGAGUAUUUACGCUGAUACGCACCUUAUCUGGAGCUCUGACCCUUGGCUAGCGAAGAUGCCAAUAUAUCUACAGUAUUCAAUCAUGCAUAUAUGCCAGAAACCCAACAUGUUCAAAGGCGUUAAAAAGAUAUCUAAAGGUCUAAAAUGAUAACAUUUGAUCAAAAACUCACUUAGGUAAUUUGGCAUGUCUAAUCUGUAUUAGGUGACCUCAGUGAUUAUUUACAUAGAUUCAAGUAUUCUAGUCUGUAUGAACCAGUACUGACUGUUUCAGGUGAAAUAUUGCCAUGGCAGUAGCUUUACCAUGUUAUUAAUAUUACAGUUAGUACAGUAGGGAUAUAUACUGAACAAUGGACUCUAGGAUUUGCGUACAUGUACAUUGAUUUUAUUAGGCUUUUUCAGUUAACCAAUGAUGCUAGCGCAGAAAAGGUCUCAUUAGGUACGUUCAGUUAAAGAAAAGAUUGUUAUUAUUGCAUUCAUGUGUAUGUGAGACUGCACAUCCACAUUAUAAAUGUACAGGUAAAUUCUCAGAAAUCUUAGCUCUUGUCGUGAUCGGAGAUAUUCCCAAGCUUCCCCAGGAAGCUGUUUUUUGUGGACUUUGCAGAUUCUGAAGGACAGUUUAUUACUAAGCAUGUCUAUGCUGUUUCACAUCAAGUCCUGGUGCUGCACCAUUUUGGGACUUGAAGGUACAUAUAUUUAGUUUUUCAUACCCCUGUAAUUGGAGAUUUGGGAGCAUAUAGUUUUUGGUCUGUUUGUCUGUCUGCAAUUUAAACUUUUACCUUGGCCAUGACUUUGAAAUGGAUGCUGAUAUGGCUUUCAUAUUUUACAUGUGUAAUUAUAUGUAACAUUUCUUUUCUUACCAAAUCUUAUGACCUUGACCUUGGAUGCGCCAUAUUGGGACAAUGAUGUUUCACAUCUUUCCAAAAUAUGAAUGCAUGAAGGAUUUGCUAAUUGACUCGGUUGACGACGACAUGACAGAUUCUGAUAGUGAAGGAGUUCCGGACCUGGUCGACUCAUCAGAUGAGGACACCAUAGAUACAACUCUCUUAACCAAACCUACCAGGGAGUAUGCUGAGGUUUGGUUUAGUAAGAGUGAUCGUUUCCUGGAUCGCCAGGACAGCCAGAUUCAUGUUCUGUCUCUGGGUCCGUUCCUGCUGGGGCUUAACGACUUCAUACCCAAGACUUGGAUUCAAGCACUGAAGGACGUCAAACUCCUGGAAGGAAAUAGGGAGACUGAGAUCACGCUGUUGACAUGGUCAGAAUUGGAAUCAGUAGAUUUAGUGGAACAGGUGUUCUUAGUGAUGCAGAGAAAACUAAGAAAACGAUCGUACUUAGUUGCCUGCCUAGAUCUGGUGGACAAAGUAGAAGAAAGCAUGAAAGAUAAAAUUCAUGUGGACAGUAGCGUAAAGCUGGCAGAAGCUGUGGAAAUCAUCAUCAAACUGUGGACUAAAAUGAAUAAAUCUUCUCUGUGUAAAAAGAAUGAAAAACAGACCAAAUUUGCAACUAUUUACAUCGCUAAGAUCUAUCAUAUUCUGGUCCUUGGAGUGGGCAGAGACUUGAAGGACAUGGGAGAUGAGUUCCGAAGGAAUCGACGAAAGAGCCAUUCCGUAGACCCAUCUAAAUAUAAGGACACCGGUAAUGAACAGUAUCAACGAGGGAAAUUCGAGACUGCAGCCGAUUAUUACACCAGGGCAGCUAUGGCUGACCCUUUUAACCAUAUUUACUUUGGGAAUCGAGCGCAGACCUACACUAAAUUAAAACGACAUGAGGAUGCUCUAGCUGAUGGGCGUAGAGCAGUGACGCUGAAACCAGACUACUGCAAGGGACAUUAUCGAUACGCCCAAGCUUUCGCUGACUUGGAUAAACUUGACUAUGCUAUGGCUGUGAAUAAGAAAGGCUUCAUACUGUGCAAGAAAUCACGGAACAAGAAUAUAAGUGAAACCAAUCUGAAUGAACUAGAACAGCAAGGGAAGCGACUCAACAUGGAAAGAGACACAAAAAUUCGGGAGGAGCGAAUCCGAAGGGUGCUGGAGGACAAAGAAUUCGCUGACAAUUACAUCGAUGAGGAACUGCCAGCAGAGCUUAGGAAUCUGCCAGGAAAGAAACGAGUGAUCAAGCUGACAGACGCCAUCAAAGUUCUCAAUCAGAGCACCAAGUCCAACAUCGAGAUUCCUGACAUACACUCCAGUGACUCCUCAGCAGAGGAAGAGGAACCAGUCAAGAUACCAGUCCCAGAGAAGAAAGAGGUGAAGAAGUCCACUGUACCUACUGCAGUAGGCAACCUCAGGCCAUUCUUACAAGCAGAACUGGAUCAUUUGAGUCAAGACUGGGAACGACAGAAAAAGAAUCUACUUUUUGAUACGGAGCUUCUUAUGAAACAGGACGAGUUGAUAAAGCUAGGGAAAGAACAGGAGAUCCGAGAUUUGAUGGACAAGGUCAAGCAAGAGAUGGACGCCAAAUUAAGUCUGUCUAAGCUGAACCAAACUCUGAUGAAAAACCUGGAUGAUGAUGCUGGGGAUGUGGACGAAGAUGAGGGGAACGCCAACAACACCACAAAGACUAAGAAAGAGAAGAAGAAAAAGGGAGACAAGAAAAAUAAGAGAAAAGACGAGGUUCUCAAACAGAAGGUAGACAAUAACCCAGAAAUAAAUAAAGAAGCUGUUGAAUUGAAGCGCCAUCUAGGAGAUGGGCACCUGAAGUACUGCGCUGGGAACAAACACAAUGCUGUGGCCGAGUAUGACAAAGCCCUUAAAAUGAUCUCUAAACACACCCUCAAGCAAUUAAAUAUUGAGAAAAUCGAUGCAGUGACUACCAAAUAUGCCUAUGGUAUCUCAGCAGUAUCAACCGGAGUUUAUAAGAUGAUCAUGGAUGGUAUCGACAAGUUUAACGACAUCCGAUCCAAGCAUUCAGACAUCCGCUUUCCAUUAGCCUACUAUGGACUGGGCAAGGCAUACACCAAUCUGAACAGGUAUGGGCAGGCUGUAGAUCCAAUCAAACACGGCCUCCAUAUGGUGGAGAAUCUCAAGUGCAUCAGUUUCUCCUGGCCAGGAACCAGUACAACUAUUGAGGAAAGCGAACCCGAUGUACUCCUGGAGUUGCUGAAGGACCUGCUACAUCUGGCCUUAAACCCUCCAGCUCCGGAUGCUACGUGUCGAAUACACUGCGACAGCGACGACGAUAGGAUUGUUAUCUACCAGACUGACCCGGAUUAUAAAGGAUUUGUAAGAGUAAUCUGUCAAGCCAAGUGUAAGAUUGAGUUCCAUUACCACUGUUGGAAAGCCUUCAAAUCCAAACUAGGAGAUAAAAUAGGGGACAAGGAUAUGUUGGAGAAGGUCUGCCCUACCCCAAACUGUGGCACAGUCAUUGUGAAAAUAUCAAUGUACAGACAGGACGCUAAUGAAAAACAUUUUGAAUCUGAGAAAGUGGACACAAAUAAAAAGCUUGAGAAGAAGAAAAAGCCAGUGUUGAAAAUGCCACCAUCUAGUCAAGAUAAAAUCCAGAAAAAGAUGGAGAAAAAGGAACACAAGAUGAAAAAGAAAAUGGAGACCAAAGAGGGAAAGUGUGACAUGAUGGAGAACAUUGAUCUGAUGCUGCAAGACGACAAGACUGAGGGUCAGAAAUUAGACCUGGCAGCAGGAGGAGAUCGUGAAGAAAAAGAAGUACAACUCCCCGAUCACACGAAACCAGUGUCUGUUCUCCGUAAGGAUGACGAGGACAUGAAACUCAACAAAUAUAAGGGAACUAAGAAACAGAAGAACAAGAAGAAGAAAGAGAAGGCUGUCAAACAAACUAUUGCUGUGGAGGUGAACUUUGCAGACGAAAAGGAAAAGCACUUGUUGAAUGAACACUCCAUUCCAGAUUCUCCAACUAAAGACUUCUCUUUUUAUAGAGACUUCUCUUUUUGUAGAGACUUCUCUUUUUAUAGAGACUUCUCUUUUUGUAGAGACUUCUCUGUACCAAUGAGCAUUCAUGAAAAAGUCCAGGCCUUUGAAAAGUCCUAUGAAUCCAAGCAAGGGAAAUGUUUGUAUGAUGAAAUAACAGAAAACCUUUUCUUGUUUUUUGAGGAUCUUCUUAAAGCCCAUGGACCUCUUCAUGUGGAAGAUACUAAAAUUACCUCCAUGAUUGAAGAUUUCCCAAAAGAUGCAAAGGAGAAAAUAGAACAAGUGGGAGGACUAAGCAAUUUUCUAAAACAGUCACUGAAAUUUGCAAUGAUAGAGGACAUCGUGUGUUUAUUAAAGGACUCGGUGAAAGCUCGGGAAAUAUCAAUAGCUCGAAGCCAUAUGAAACAGACGUUAAUUCACAGUAGUGAUCCCUCAGAUAAUGUGUGGAAAACUGUUAAGAAACAUUCAAACACUGCAAAAACUGAAAAUCAAAGUGAUCAAUUCUCUUCUUCUCUUUCUGUGAAUCCGCCUGCAGAUAAUGUGACUAUUGAGGAAAGAAUGAAAACAACAUUUCACAACCCCUACCCGGUCGUGGCUGCAGGUGUGGAUUCACUGGAUGACUUUGGUAUUGUUCUCAAGAAAGGCUCCAUCACUAGCUUAGACGAUGACUUUGACUUGGGGCCCACAAAAUCUGUCUCCAAAAUGGACAGAAUUGAUGACAUUUCCUUGAUAUCUCCGGUGAAGAAGAAGAGGACUAAAAACAAGAUCAGUUUGAAGGAUUUGGAGGGUAUUGACUCACUGUCGUCUGCAUCUGAUAGUGACAGUGAUUUGUCCAGUGAUCUUGAGAGUCUGAAUUCGGAUUUAUCUAGUACAAGGUCAGGCAAGGCUUCGUCCAAUAUCAAGUCACAGACAGAGAAUGGAAGGAUUUCUGAUGUCAAGCAAAACCUGGAUAUAUCCAGUCGCAGUAGCUCUAAAUCGGAUCUCAGUGAAAAAUCCGGAAGUGAUUUGUCGUAUGAACUCAUGGCGAAGGCCUACAGGAAUUCUCCAGUGGCUUCCACAUUUAUGAAGGAUAAGGCAUACUUGUUGUCAGGAUCGCCCACUGUGUCUGAGAACGGUAGAACAGGGGAGAAAACUGCAGCAGGACUUGUUGUGCCACUGCCCCUGAAAAUCCCUUCUCAAUUCAGUCAGAGACCUUCUCCAUCAUCACUUCAGUCUGAGGCAAGCAUUGCUGCAGAAAGGGAAAUCGACAGGGUAGACAGUGAAAUGGUGAAAGAGAUAGCUGAUGAUGUGGUGGAAAGACUCUUCUCGGGGAAGAAAGUUUCCCCAGCAGAACGCCAAGAGACUUACAACCGUGUCACACAAGAUAUUUGGAAAGAUUUCAGAAAGCCACCGAAUCCUACAUCCUCCUCUGUAUGGUCAAUGGAGAAUAAGUCUUUGUACACUCAGAUGUCUCUGGGCUCUCUAGACAACAGACAGAGGAAAAGUUACGCGGAACAGUUCAUGAAAAAUCAUUACCAAAAAAAUAUGACUGAUCCUUUGCAGCAAAAGUCCAGUUUUUCUUCAUCCACUCCUACUUCCACUUUUCCGUAUCCUAGCAAACCUCCUUUAUCUACAGUGGACAACAGUUUUCCAGCUUUACAUAUGUCAGAAGGAGUCCCUCCUCCCCUUUCUUUACCCAUUUCUUUAUCGUCCAUCAACAAUUACUCUUCUAGUAAUACACUUUCCUCAGUGACCCGUAAUAUCUGGUCCGCAGAUACUAGUGUCGGCGAGGGAAUAUCCACAGUUUCAAAUGUUUCGUCUUUUUCCACCCCUCCACCACCUUUAAAUCUUCCGUCUUUUGCAUCUGGACCAUUUGGGAGUAUAUCUAUCGGGACCUCGCUCACGGGGUCCAAUGUCUCCACUUCUUUGUCCUCUGUAUUCGGGAGCCAUGCUGAUCAGGGCACCCAGGCUGGUGUAGAAACACGAGAUAGCGGAGUGAACACAGAUCUAUACGAGCCGUUUAGAGCAGAAUAUUUACGUAGCCAGGAAGAGUGUGAACUUCUGAAGAAAACUAUGACCAGAGUACAGACUCAAGUUCAGGAACGCGAAGCCAUGAUGAGGGAAUACACAAUGAAAUCACAGUCCUUGGAAACAAGAUUUCAACAAGUAGAUAUGGAAAAAAGGGAGAUGGAGGAGAAAGUCCACAUAUAUGAGCAAGAAAUCUCCCGUCUGAAUUUGGAGCUCAACUCUCAGUCUACAUCUGUUUUAGACUUACGAGAAAAGAUUAACAGUACAGAACAAAGGUGUCUCGAUCUUCAGAAACAGCAGCAUGAUGAAAGGUAUCGAACAUCACAACUAGAUCUGGAGAAGUUGGAAGCUGUAAGAAAUAGAGAAGAACUUCGGAAACUUCGGGAGGAGGAAAGCGACAGAGCCAUCAGAGCAGAAAUUGAGUUGCUACAAGUCAAGAAGAAUUUUGCAAUGCAGAUGCUAGAGAGAUCCAAAAUGGAAUACAUGGUGUACAAAAAUAAAGUCACCAUGAUAGUGAAGAGGCGUGAGGAGGAGGGUAAAAAUUUACCAGUGGGUCUUCAGCAACACCUAGAUCAGUACGAGGGAAUCCUGCAGAAAUGUGACGAGACUAUCAGUAGACUCAAGGUUGCGUUUGAUGAUCACAUUCGUCAAAUUCAGGGAGGGAAGAGGAUGAGUGAGCUCCCCCAGAUUUUUAUUCCUCGUCCUCCCCCUCAACCACAGAUGCCAAACCUGGACUUGCUAACAGGGCAGACGUUGACCAGCACGGCCAGUGCCCCCUCCUUACUGGCCCUGGCAAGUGGUUCUCUGCAGGCUGGUGCCAUGUCCAAAUCUUCACCAUCACCACCUCUGAGUGUGUCUCAGUCCUCUGCCUCCAAUAUUCUACCUCCAUCUGUCCCCAGUGUGCAAGCAAUGCCUCAGCCAAAGCCUCUAGGCUUACCCACAGGUUUACCAGGAUCCCAGCGACCUCUUGGUCCCCCUCCCAUCAAUCCCAUGAUUCCAUCUUUGUCACAGGGAACGGUGCCGCCAACACAACAAAAGACCAGUAACUUUGACAAGCUCAUCAUGAAGCUUCAACUGGCAUUCCCAAAAUACAACAGACCGAUCUUUACCCAGUUGAUUCAGGAACUGCGUACUAAGAGGGGAGGUUCACUGUCCGGCAUGACACUGGACGAGAUUGUAUCGCACAUAACGGAUCUGAUUCACCACUAUGAGAGACAGCAGGGCAAGAACCCCUCUAAAGUAGCCACACCACAGGACCUGAUGUCUGGAUUUUCUGAUGAUCGAGGUAAAAACAUUCUUCCACCGGGCCUUUCAGCGUUAUGGGGACUGUCGGGAGCAAACAGUGAGGUGUUCGAGGAGGAGGAGGAUCCGUGUGUGAUUUGUCACGAGGAGAUGACCCCAACUACCACCGUCAUGUUGGAGUGUAAACACCGAUUCCAUGAUGAGUGCAUCAGGAAGUGGUUAAGGGAACAGAGCACCUGUCCAAAUUGUCGAAUCCAUAUCAUCUUGAAGUCGAUAUCGGGAGAGUUUCGUUCUGGAGAAUUGACAGCCAUUAUGGGACCAUCAGGAGCAGGAAAAUCAUCUCUAAUGAAUAUACUGGCUGGAUACAGAACCCUUAAUGUGACGGGGAAGAUCCACGUAAAGGGGAAGGACCGAGAUCUGCGAACGUUUCGGAAGAUGUCAUGUUACAUCAUGCAGGAUGAUCAUCUUCUUCCACACUUGACUGUGGAAGAGUCCAUGAUGUGUUCAGCCAAUCUCAAACUCACGGAGAAAAUGUCCACCAACGAGAAGGAAGAACGGGUUGAUGAAAUCCUAGACACUCUUGGAUUGUUGGAGACAAAGAAGACAAGAACCAGUAAUUUGUCUGGUGGCCAGAGAAAACGUCUGUCCAUUGCGUUGGAGCUGGUGAACAACCCACCCCUCAUGUUCUUUGAUGAACCCACCAGUGGCUUGGACAGUGCCUCAUGCUUCCAGUGUGUGACUCUUCUCAAGUCAUUGGCUUCAGGGGGACGGACCAUCAUCUGUACAAUUCAUCAACCAAGUGCCAAACUCUUUGAAAUGUUUGAUCAUUUGUACAUGCUUGCUGAGGGAAACUGUAUCUACAGGGGAACGAUAAAGAACCUGAUUCCAUACCUGUCCUCUCAGUCUCUAAUGUGUCCUCAGUACCACAACCCAGCUGAUUACGCUAUGGAAGUGGCAUCUGGUGAAUACGGAGAAGAAAAGGUCACGCGGCUUAUUACUUCAAUACACAGCGGUAAAUGUGAAGAAAUAGCUAGACGCAAUGCCAAGCUUGAGGGAAGUAGAACCCCCUCCCCUCCGGCCACGCCCAACAACAAUACUCAGGGAAACGGGGUCAUUCCAACGACGCCUCAGGACUAUGAGAAACAGAGUUUGCUCGGAGACGAGUGUGAAAGAUUCAGCAAUGGCAAAGUUCUACAUUCUAAUGGAUCACUGAAAACCAAGAACGAAGUGGAUGUCCAGGACCAGGAGUGUCAUACGUUUGCCACCAGCUGUUUUACACAGUUCCGGAUCUUGUUUGUCAGGACGCUGUUAUCUAUUCUCAGGGACACGACAUUGACGCGACUACGUUUGAUUUCUCACCUAACAGUUGGGAUUCUGAUUGGAUUGCUGUACCUGGGUAUCGGGAAUGAAGCCAGUAAAUGGCUAAAUAAUGCCAGCUUCCUGUUUUUCUGCAUGCUGUUCCUUAUGUUCACUGCCCUGAUGCCUACCGUGAUGACGUUUCCCAUUGAAAUGGCAGUGUUUGUGAGAGAACAUCUGAACUACUGGUACAGCGUGAAGGCGUACUACCUAGCGAAGACCAUGGCAGACAUGCCAUUCCAGAUCAUCUUCCCUCUUGUGUAUGGCAGUAUUGUGUAUUGGAUGACGUCGCAGCCGAACGACUUUUCGCGGUUUGUGAUGUUCCUAACUCUGGCGACUCAGACUUCACUGGUGGCUCAGUCUCUGGGGCUUCUGAUAGGGGCGGCCACAUCGCUACAGGUGUCAGUGUUUCUGGGACCAGUCACAGCGAUUCCCAUUCUGCUAUUUAGUGGAUUCUUUGUGAACUUUGAUACAAUACCAGUCUAUCUACAGUGGCUUUCAUAUAUAUCUUAUGUCAGGUACUCAUUUGAGGGCGUUUUGCAAGCGAUAUACGGAUUUGACAGGGACUUGCUGGAGUGCAAUAAACAGCCAUGUUAUUUCAGCAAGCCGGAGGAAAUUCUGCAGCAGAUGGACGUACAAAAUGCCAAAUUCUACAUAGACUUUAUUGUUCUCUGUGCUUUCUUUAUCAUUCUCAGAAUUGGUUGUUAUUUUGUUUUGAGGUGGAGAGUGAAAGCAGAGCGUUGAGAAUAAUGGGAUAUUUUACUCAGAAUUUACACAUAGACACAAUAAUAUAAUAUGUAUAUAGACUGUUCAUGAUAUUCACAUAUUAUAUUAACACGGAAUUGGAGUUUCCAUUUUACAUAAAGUGAUGUACAAUGUAAGAUGUGAAGUGCAUUUUAUGUUCACUUUUAUGAUGUUUGUACUAACUUGAAGAAGAUUUUGAAUAUGGCUUAUAUCAAAAAUGUGACUUUCAGUAUUUUUUACUACAUUUCAAAGAGUCAGUUUUAUUUUUAUUUGAAUGAAAUUGUAACCUUACUUCCUGUCUCAUGAAAAUGUUCCUGUUCAAUUUGAUGUGAAAUUCAAGCUUAGCUAUACACAAAUUUCAUGAAAGUUAUUUUGCGUCAGUUUUUAGCAAAAAGUGUUUUCAAGUUGAUUAUUAUAAAUUACAGAUGGUUUACAGCAAUAUUGAAAUUACCAUUUUGUGAUUUAGCCACAGGAAUUGCCAGUCGGAGUGGGCCACAGUCCUAAAUAUUUCGUGUUCUUCACACAAUUUGUAUGGUUGCUUCAUCUUCACAGAUGGAUAUAUUUUUGCAAAAAUUCUACCAUGAUUGAAAUUAAUUUGCUGUAUUUUUAUACAGUUUUAUUUACGAGCUGUACCUUUAUUUCCAUUUUUUGUAAAACUUGUUUUUGUUGAACGUGAAGUUGUAAUGGAGUUAUUAGGCUGCAUGUCGCCUAUUUUCUGUACAUUGGAAGGACGGUCAUUUCGGCCAUGCUGUAACUGUUGUCUCUAGUCCGAUGGAUUCAUAAGUCAUUGUCUUCAAAGCUUGCCUACAUACAUACACGUAACUUAAAAGACAAAUUCCAAUGAAAAUGAUGAUGAUACCUCGAAUUCCUCUACAGCAUUUUCCAAUCUUUUGUGUACAGUACACUAGAUACUUCACGACUUAAUGUAGGGGUUAACUUCUACAUUAUUAAUUUAUUUUGUUGUGUUUUCAGAUUUAAGUUUGUUGUGCAUCGACAUUGUUGAAUUUUCAUUUAUUGUUCAGCAGUGCUGUUUACUUGUGGCUAUUCUAUCUUAGUGUUUGGUUAGAUUUUUUCGUUGUUGUAUAAAAGAUUUAUGUUGGGUUGAGGGGGGGGGGGGGUGUUACAUUAGAUGAUGGUAAGUCCAUCAUUCACUUGUAUGUUAACUUUUAAGUUAAUAUUUUGAAAGUGGCUAUAUUUUGCCAAACAAAAUUUUUUGAACUUGACUAGAUUUAUCCUUGUUUUUUUUUUUUCUGGAUAAGUUCCUUGUGGUUUUUUUUAACUUGACUAGAUUUAUCCUUGGUUUUUUUUUUUCUGGAUAAGUUCCUUGUGGUUUAAUUAGAGGUUGUAAUAUACCCACUAUUUCUUUGGCCCCCUUAUCAAUUCACAAAAUGGAUAUACAACAGUAUUUGUGUUCGCUUUCGUCCAGCAUUGUCAAAAUGUGCUAUGUGUGGUCCGCAGGCUGGACUACGAAUGGUACACGUUUCUCAUAUUUUAAUGAUAGAAUUUUGAUUGAUUAGAAUUCUCCACAUAAUUCCUCAUAGUGCUGAUUUCAUAUUUAUCACCAUUUGAAUUUUAUGAUUUCAUCGACAUGUUUAAUUUGCGAAAAGUUCAUAAUGUACAUGUACAUGUAUUUAUUAUCACUUCAAGCCCUUUGAAGUUUUAAUUUCUCUAAUUUAAAGUGUAAACCUCAGGUCACUGUCAAUUCUUAGAAGCAUUAUUCAAAUUGUAAGUCCCAAACCUUGAGAUCACAUUGUAGCUGAUUUGAAUCAAAUUUAUUAAAUAGCUAGUUAUUUUUUUAUUUGUGUAAUGAUACAUAUUUCACAACCUGACGUCCAUGUUUAUGCAUGUUGAUUAUAAGAUACUUUUGUGGUGAGGAUAUGAAUAUAUAUUAACCCUCUUUAAUGAUAUUUAAAAAAAUUCUUGGAAGCAACUUGUGAUAAAUGGCCAUGUCCAUCCUGCAUCUCUUGUAUUUUUUUUUUUACUGUAGUGCAAUGUUAAGGGAUUCGCUCGGGUUUUGUCUGGUUUACUCUGAUGAAAUUUGUAUUCCAACAAAGCUCAUUGUUAAGAUGUUUGUUAAUGUUAGAAUUGGUGUUCUGUGGUAAUUUGAAAGUGCUUACAAAGUUUUACAGAGUAGUUUUCCAACAUACGUAUUUACCUGUUUACAUGUUUUGUCUUUCCUUCCAGUAAUAAAACAAUCAGAGUUACAA